UGAAACUAUUACAGAAGUAGCAGGCAGAGAACAAGGAACAACCCAGAAGCAUUUCUUAACUUUCUAGGUCCUAUAUAAUCUAUCAAGAUGCCGAAGGGUGAUAGUGGUGUACGCUGCUUCCAGAUUGUACUAAUUUUUGGCAAUGUUGUAAUUGCGAUGUGUGGGCUGGCACUGACUGCAGAGUGCAUCUUCUUCCUGUCUGAUCAGAAUGGUUACUACGAUUUACUUGAUGCUUCCUACAAUGACGAUAUUUUUGCAGCAGCCUGGAUUGGGCUAUUUGUUGGCUUCGCAUUUUUCCUUCUGUCAUUUAUGGGUCUGAUCGGUGCAAUGAAGUCCAAUAAAAAGUUACUGUUGGCGUAUAUACUUUUAAUGGUCUUCGUCUACUGUUUUGAAGUUGCUUCCUGUAUCACAGCAGUAACCCACCGAGACUUUUUCAUUCCUAAUCUGUUCCUAAAACAGAUGUUACAGAGGUAUCAGGAUCCUGGUGGUAUUGAUCUCGACGAGCAAACCAAAAAUAAAGCCACGACAAAUGUAUGGAACCGUCUCAUGUUAAUUAAUCAUUGCUGUGGUGUUAAUGGUCCCCAAGACUGGCAGAACUACACUUCUACUUUUAGAACUCUGAAUUCUGAUGCAGAGUUUCCUUGGCCUAGACAGUGUUGCGUCAUGAAAGAAGAGGGCCAGCCUAUAGAUGUGGCAGGUUGUCAGCUGGGAGCUCCUGGUUAUCUCUACACUACGGGGUGCUAUGAAAUGAUUGCCGGCCCACUUAACAGACAUGCAUGGGGCGUGGCUUGGUUCGGAUUUGCCAUUCUCUGCUGGACAUUUGUGGUCCUUGUUUUAUCCAUGUACUACUACACCAGAAUUGACUAAAUGAGAGCUAAGACUGUACAUCAUAAUUACAGGACAGCCUUUUAAUGUAUUGUCUUGAAUUCUGCUGGGGCCAAUAUGGAGGACCCGAAACAAAUUUAAACUGAACCUGUGAAGUACUGGCCAUCUUACAAAUCUGUUUUGGCAACAUUAAAUGUAUGUUUGGACCAUUUGUUUGCUUAGUGACUCCUUCCUUUGAAGAUACCUGAAGGGAAGCACCCUUGAAAACCCAGUAGAUUAUUCAAAUACAUAUGAAGAAGGUGGAUACAUACUGACAUCUUGACAUGAUUUCAAGUGGAUAGCUAACCUAAUUUUGAAUAGACAUUUUGCCCUUUUCACAUCAUAAAUAUUAAAAACAUCAGAACUUGAUUGAGCUUAUCUUAAUGUUUUUAAAUUCAAAAGCACCCCUCAAGUAUUGAUAUGCUGGCAAACGUACUAUUUGUUUUUUAAUGGUGUACAAACUGGUAAAUGUUGCAUGAUUUUUUUUUUUUUUUUUUAACUUAUUGAUUGACACAGUAGUCAGCUCUGUACAGACUUAUUUGUGCUGGGGUAUGAGUAGACCAUGUAAACAAAGUGAUGUAUCUAGGAUCAUGUCAACAAAGUGAUGUAGCUAGCAUCCCGGGAUUCUCAUGAGAUGGGUGCCACAGCACUGGUACAUUUCUACUAAGGUACCAGCACAGGUGUUUUGUAUGAUCCAGUUAAACACAGCUGUGAACGUUUAUGCAAUAACUUCCUUUGUUUAAUAGUGUAGGAAAUGUUAAUAAGACAUGAAAUUAAGGGAUCAGAAUUACUGUUGUCUGAAUGCUCUGCAUAGUUUGAAUGGUUCCCUAAAACCUACAGUAAGGCUAUUUGGAAAUGGUUUAUGAAAAGCUACACAGAAAUAGUAGACUUUCAAUCAGCUGUCCCACAAGGCCUGGAAGGGAUCUCUAAUUCAUGCAUUUUAAGCAGGAAGCUUGGUCUAUGUUUGUAGCACAUCUUUUACAGCACAGAGAAUGUAACUGGGUAAACUGUAACCUGCUGUAUAGAUUUCUGCAGGUGUUUUCUAAAUACUGUUACCUGGUAUAUACCCAGAAAAGUAUGCAACACAAUGGGGAGUAGACUCUUAUUCCUGCUACCAUGUCUUCUCUUUCCCACAUUUCCUAUUACUUUUACUGUCCUUCUUAGUCAAGUAGUUGCUUCAUUGUCACCUUCCAUUUUAAUGCAUGAAGAAGCGAGACCCAUGUUGCAAGCUGGGUCAAAUAGGGGGCAUCAAGUGAAAUGUAUAUUGUCUGCUCAGCAUGAAAAAGUGCUACAAAGUAGACCAUUCUGAAAUGCAUUGGGAAACCAAUAGAAGUAUGUGAAGGAAACAUCCUUCCUUUCCAAGCAUUCUCUUAACUCUUGAAAGAGACGAAAAAUGUCGGUGUCAUUAAACUUAAGGUUGUCCUUUUUUAGAUUAUACAGUUCAAACCUACCUGAACAGCUGCUGCCUUUAUAUUAGUCUGUAACUGUACCUCCAAAAAUGAAAAGGUUUGUAAUGCAAUAUAUCCAUGGUAUAAUGUUUCUUCUAUAUAAAAUGUGUUACUGUUGUGUAUAUAAUUCUAUGUUUUUUUGUAUAUUUGUGUGGCUUCCAGAUACUUCAACAGAUUAAUUGCAGAUAGAAUACAUUGUAUUACUGAAUUUGUAAUUCACAAAUAAAUUCCAGGUACCCAAAAA